UAAUUCAUGUUUCCAUUUGAUUUUGCUAUUCUGAACUCUGAUUCACUUUCUGCUUCGUUGAAUCGCCGAUGGAUCUGUGUUUGUUUUUUCCACAAUUCUCUAAUUUUGGAUCUUCUAUCUCUGUCUUUAAUUCUCAUUCUCCAUCUAGAUCUGCUUCCACUUUAAUUUGCUCUUUCCUUCUACCUUGAUCGCGGUUUUUUAUUUUACUUUUUUUUUUGGAUCUGUUGUAGUAUUCUCGACUUGUUUUAUUAGUGUAUAUCGUUACUUCUGCUGUAAACUAUGGAAUUUGUGUAGAUGUGAUCCAACUUUCAUGGAAGCUGAGGAAUAAAGGUUUUCGCGGAAGUCGUGUUAGGAUUUUUUUUUUCUUGAAAAUGGCUCCAUCUAGCAAAGCUGACAAGAAAGCGGCUGUAGAUGCAGCCGCAUGGAUGUUUAACGUUGUAACUUCUGUUGGAAUUAUAAUCGUGAAUAAGGCUCUCAUGGCUACCUAUGGCUUCAGCUUCGCCACAACUUUAACAGGUUUGCAUUUUGCAACAACCACCCUGAUGACUGUCAUUCUAAGGUGGCUUGGUUAUAUUCAAGCCUCUCAUCUCCCUUUUCCAGAGCUUCUAAAAUUUGUACUAUUUGCCAACUUUUCUAUUGUUGGAAUGAAUGUUAGCCUGAUGUGGAAUUCUGUGGGAUUUUAUCAGAUUGCAAAGCUAAGUAUGAUUCCUGUCUCUUGCUUGUUGGAAGUCGUCUUGGACAAGAUUCGGUACUCCAGAGACACGAAGUUGAGCAUUGCAGUUGUUCUCUUGGGCGUUGGAGUAUGUACUGUUACUGAUGUCAGUGUUAAUACCAGAGGCUUUGUUGCUGCCUUUAUCGCCGUAUGGAGCACUUCUCUGCAGCAAUACUAUGUGCAUUUCCUCCAACGGAAGUAUUCGCUGAGUUCCUUCAACCUGUUAGGACACACGGCUCCAGCACAGGCCGGGUCUCUUCUAUUGGUCGGACCCUUUCUCGACUACUGGUUGACGAACAAGAGGGUAGACCAAUAUGACUACAAUUUAGCCUCUACCAUUUUCAUAAUUCUCUCCUGCUCCAUUGCUGUGGGAACCAAUCUUAGCCAAUUUAUCUGCAUAGGCAGAUUCACAGCUGUGUCAUUUCAAGUUCUUGGCCACAUGAAAACAAUCCUUGUCUUGAUCAUGGGAUUCUUCUUCUUUGGGAAGGAAGGGCUUAACAUGCAGGUAGUUUUGGGAAUGAUCAUAGCUGUCAUCGGGAUGAUCUGGUACGGUAAUGCCUCGUCGAAACCCGGUGGAAAAGAACGUCGAAGCCACACACUCCCGACAGUUAGACAACAAAAACAUGGUGGUUUAACAGAUUCUACUGAACAUGAUGGGAAGGUCUAAAGGAGAGUGUGGCUCAUUCAUUCCAAAAAAGAAAAUUUUAAUUUAAUUUGCUGAGUUUAGAAUGACGAUCAUAUUUCUCAUAUUUAUUCAUCUCCCCAUUUCUCUCUAAUUUUCAAUUUUUUUUUUCUUCUCACAGUAUUCGAUUUAUCAGAGGGCAUUGUGUAAUUCAGGAUAGGGAAGUGUUCUUGGAACUUUCAAUUUUUUUAAAAAAAAAUUAUUAUCAGAAUCACAGCUACUAAUUUUGGUCA